UCCGUCCGAUAUUGUUAUUUGUUGUCAAGUGUUAUUGUUUUGCCCCGACGGCGACGUCGACUUUCCCGUAGGGAUCUAAAUAGCAAUAAAAUAUAUAAUAUAUUAUACAUAUUAUAUAUUUAUACAUAUUAUAUAUAUAUAUUAUAUAUGUAUAUAUAAUGUACGUUGCACAUAAUAUGUAUCAGUGAAAUGUAAGUGUGUAUUUAUGCUGUAGUCGCAAAAUCGCACGUCGUCGGUCGUUAGGUAAAAAUUUUGCAUUUUUUAAUUUUCACAUUAGUUUUCUUUCCGUUUUGUGUCCUCGGGAGGGAACCGUCGAGUCAUUUUUUUACAUUUAUCACAUUCUAAACGAGUGUUGCAGUGUGUUUGUUCUUCUUGUGUUAAGAAACCUCCAGAAUUUGAACUCUAUGCUGCUUAACGAGUAAAUAAUCCACUGACGCUCCUGCAGGGUCAAAAUGUCAUUCAUGGUGAAGAAGAAACGAUACAAGUUUACUGUUAAUCUUUGCCUUGAAGAUUUAACAGCCGUCCCAUUUGUCAAUGCUGUGUUAUUUGCCAAAGUUCGGUUACUGGAUGGCGGGAAUUUCAGUGAUACUUCAUCCAGAGAGGAGGUUCGAGAUCACACAGUCCGAUGGGGUGCUAAAUUCGAAUUCGUCUGUAAGAUGAGCGCCAACGCGUCCACCGGGAUAAUGGACCCGUGUAACCUUCGGAUAUCUGUUCGCAAAGAAUUGAAAGGUGGUCGCAGCUUUCAAAAACUCGGUUUCACCGACGUUAAUUUGGCUGAAUUGGCUGGAGCUGGGUUGAGUUCGAGGCGCUGUUUACUAGAAGGGUACGACACCCGGCACCAUCGACAGGACAACUCUAUGCUCCGAAUAUCCGUGUCCAUGAACAUGUUAGCCGGAGACAUAUUGUUCAAAGUGCCAACAUCCGCCUUAAAUCAAAAACCCACUACCAAUGGUGAUAUCCCGCAACGCGAAGAUACCGAAUACCCGAGCAGCGGAUUCGGUAGUUUGCCGAAUACGCGAUCGUUAUUUCCAUCAGACAUUCCAUCCAUGAGCGGUUUAGAGAAACACGAUGCCGUGUCCGAGUCGAAUCAAAAUCAUUCGGAACAAUUAGAAGACGAUGCGAUGGUGAUGGUACACGACAACGCCGCCGCGCCCACGGCCACUAACCACUUGGCCGGCUCGAGUGGACAUUCCCGUAACUCAUCGAACACCAGCAAAGGCUCUAGUUCUCACAACUCUCAUUCGAGACACAGCAGUUCCGGUGACAGCGGGCACGUCCGGUCGCCGUCCUGGCCCGUGUGGUCGCCUAGUCUGUUGCCGCCGCCGGCCACGCCGCCACCAUCGCCGCCGCAUCAACAGCACCCUCAGCAGCCUCCCACUACGCCCUUGUGGAGCAGCCCUCGGUCAAGAUUCUGGUCGCUACGCCAAGCCAAACACCAGCCGCCGUCGCCUCAAGUAUGCACCCACCAGGACGCGUUCCGGACUCCGGACAACAAGCACGGCGGAGGGUUCCGGUUCCCGCCGUGGUCCGGACCGUCGCCCCGGACCAACUCGUCACCUGGCCUGUCGCCCCUUACCCCAGAUUCCCCUAAUAGCCUGACGUCUAGCGGCACGGCCAUAUCCGCGUCCCAAGCAUCUCCCGUGCUCAGCGGUGUUGAGACCGGUUCGUUAGAUCGCGGCAAAGCUGCCCUGGAGCGGCGCAACAAGAAGUCGGCCGCGACGGGUGGCAGUGUCACCGACGAUGGCUGUGCAAAGGCAUCUGGGCGCGUGGAGGUGACCAGGGUCAACCCGGAUAGUCUCAUUGACCAGCUGCUCAGGGCCACCAACCUGGACGACCAUUCGGCUGACGAGGACAACAAGCCCAGAUCGGGGCUACAGUUGUUCAUUGCCAAAGACGGUACGACCACACUCGGCAGUCAGGACGUCAAGUGUCACAUGUCUAACAGUCUGUUUAAACAGGUUGUGAUGGAAGACAAUAGAUAACGCCCAGAGCGUGUAAAUCUAAGAUUAUGUUCUAUUUAGUAGAGUAUUUACGAGCUUAACGCUUUUUUUGUUUUAUAAAAAAGCUUACUUUGACUGAACACCCAAUAAGUUUCGGUCGUGGUGCUGCUUUCCAUUCAUCGUAUGGCACAUGCAUUGCCUCUUAUAGUCUUAUUACAGAUUUACUGUUGUCAAAGGCCUCCGUCGAUGUUGUUAUCUAUUGGUCCGACCAACAAAGUUUUAUAUAUUUAUUAUACACACAUCCAAACUAUAUAACAAUUCAAUUUUUCACAAUAUUAAUAUAUAUUUAUUUAUAUAUUAUAUAAUAUACAUUGUUAAGUGCUGCUCUCCUCAUGUGAUGACAUACAUUACCAAACCGUGAAACUAACACUGUUAAUUAUAUAUUUUGGUGUCUGGAUUAUGUUGAUCCUUAUGUAGCUUGUUAUCAAGAAUUAUUAUAUUUUUUAUCUCUCCGCGUAUCAUUGUGUCAUGUUAAACAGCAAUGUAUUGGAGUAUUCGACAGUCCAUCGUGUAACGAACGAUUAAGUCACAAAACAAUGUUCCUAUAAAAGUCAGACGUGCACAAUGACAUUAGUGUUGACAUCUGUUAUCAAAUAUAUAAUAUUAUAAAUAUAUUUACUAAUAUAAAAGUGAAAUAUAUUAUGAUAUCUGAACUGUUGUGCUUUCAUUGCACACCGCAAGUAUUUCAAUCGUUUUCGCCCAAUGGACUUUGCUACGGGACAAUAAAGGCUCCCUAUAACCUCGUCAAUUUGGAAACGAUAUUCAUUUCAUCGUCAUAUAUAUUUAUAUUUAUUUUUUUUUUGUCAUUGUUAUGAACAACACCAUUGAUCUCUCUCAGAUAAAUUAACCUGUGAAACAUCCAGUCACGUCAUUAAUUACGCACCGCAUAUUAUAUUGUAAUACGUAAGCAUUAUCUUGUAUUAUUAUUUAUUUAUUGUUUUUUUAUUUUUAAAUGGUUUGAAAGCCGCUUUGUCGCACUGAAAAUUAAAAGAUGAUUUGGUCAAUUGAAUUAAAACAAUUUAAUAUUAUUUAUUUUUAUUGACAAUUUUAUUAUAUCUUUUUCUUGUGUUAUUAUUAUUAUUAUUAUUAUUAUUAUUUUCUGUUUGUUGAGCUCAAAAUGGACUAUACGACUUGAAAUAAUCAUUGUUGUUAUUUACUUAUACCUAAUAUACAUUAUUAUUUUAUUAUAUUUUUUUGUCAUCUUGAAUUGUUAUAAUUAAUAGAUAUUUGUUUUAUUUGUAAACAAUAAUAACUAUAGUUAGGUAUCUAAUCAAUUUUGUAACUACUAUGUGCGCAACUAGUCAUUUUCACAUUAAAUACACAACGUACGAUAAAAGAACAAAGAGAUGAACUGUUCAGAAUUAAAAAAAAAAGAUUAACUACAAUACAUUUUUUUUAUAUAAUUAAAUACUAGUAAAGCAGACAUAUUAUUUUUUGGUGCAUUACAUUUUUUUAAUGUUUUGCAGUUGCUUGUAUUAAAACAUUUUCACAAAGGUUUAAAUUUUACUAUUUUAAAUUAUAUAAUUUUGAUAAUCUCUGA